AUGUCCAAAUCCAGCAAGCGCAUCCGCUUGGAAAAGGAAAUCUUCUCCAAGUCCAUCCAGGACAUCGAGAAGAUGUUCAACUUCACCUACGACGAAGCCGAAAGACCCCACAAAGUGCCGUCCAACCACCGCCUGGAUCUCCCCGCCGGAACCCUCAAGUAUACCCAUUUCGACUACGAUUGCAUCAACAUCGCCCUUAUCCAGUCCGACACAAACAGCGACGCGGGCCUGGACGCCCAAGCGACGCCGAUCUUGCCCGACUCGCCCGCCACGCUACAUCCGUUUGCCGACACGGACGUGCCCCGCAGCGUGCUUCUAGACUUGAACGACGAUGACGACGUGGACGACUACAAGUUCGAGCUGGACUUGAAACUGUACUUGCCACGACUCACGUUGGAGCAGGACUUGAAGAUGAUAGACCGCAUGUUGAGCCGUCCGUUGCAGUUGCUCUAG